GUUUUUCAAUUUUUCGUGUCGGUAUAUUGUAACGUUGAUAUCAUUUUUAAUUUCGUUUUACGCACCAUCUAGAAACGAUAAAUUUGUCAGAGUUCAAAUGAAGUUCAGGAAAAAAAAUUCCUUCUUCGUUCGUUCGGUCUCUUCUCUCUCAAUUUUAUUUGGUCAUUCAAAAAUUUGAUGGGAAAAUUAAUUCAUCCUGCGAAUGUACGUAUAUUCAUCACAACGAUAAUUAUAUUUUCUUACAGACUGUUUUAUGUACGACCUGUCGAAAACGUCGAUUGAUUGAUAGAAUUCCAGUAAAGUCUAAUCGAUUACAAGUUAUAAAAUGUCUCAUUUGAUUCAGGUGUAUUUCAAUCGACACUCGCUUACAUACUCCGUUAGUUGAAUUCUAUUUAAGUUUUUUUUUUUUUUUUCACUUUAUUAAUUCUUUCUCCUAAAUUCAUUCUCUCCAAUUUUAUUCCACGUAUCUCCGUCAGCGUGGGUGUACAGAUCGUCUGAAGGGGCGGGCGAAUAUAAUAGCACUGGCAGGGCCAGAAAUCCAUCGAGUAUCUGUCAGUUGUGUCGAAUUCACUCGGUGCAAAGAAUCGGGUCUGAGUCAAUUUUACAACGACGAUGGGAAAGGUAACGCCAAAGAUUCUGGCUUUGGCUGUGUCAGCUAUUCGCAGGUUGAACGAAGUACGGGGUUCAAAAUCCAAGGAUAUCUUGCGCUACGUAAAAGAUGAAACUUUUACAAGAUCCGUUGACGAGGAUAAGAUCAAAAAGCAGGUCAAGGGCGCCCUCAAACGCGGCUUGGAUUACGGAAUUUUAAAACUUGAACACGGUCGCUACAGUCUUUCGACCGAAACGGAAGCUGCCGAUGAAGAAAUAGCUGCCCAAGAAAUAGCUCUUAUGGAGAUGUGUAACCGGAAGCGAAGACGUCGAAGCAGUAAGGUCAAGAGUCCCGGGAAAUAAGGGGCCAAAAAGGGGCUGUAAAUCGCAUCAGUGCCAGGGAAUACAGUGUAGAUAUAAAUAACGGAAAAACCUCCGUUGACCCUAUCUACGAACCGAUUAGAAAGGAUUUCCAGGACGAAAAAUUUUCUGGAAAUUGCCCAAGAUCUCCCGCAAGCUAUGGUCACGGAUAUUGAUAUAAAAACGACCGAUAUAUACGUCCACAGUUCAUCAAUAGUUUAUGUUGAGUAGCUUACGUUAUACUUCAGCGAGUGAAUAAAUUCACGGGUAUUUCAGAACCAGCGAUUUUGGAGGCGUGUAGCGAAUCACCGGCAUUGUUAUACGGUAGUUCGUCAAUUACCGCUGAAUUCGCGCAACUCUCGACUUCCGCAAGAGGUUCGGGAAACUAACUUUUCAAAUCAUGGUUGCUAUCCACUUCUCAUGCUUAUUCUGCUUAUAAUAGAGGCAAUCACUUAAACGCAAUUUAUAUUCAUCAGCCCGAUGGUCGGAGUAAAACUCACAAAAAACAGUAAAAUAAACUAUCCGUUCGACGAUCGGAGGCGUGAUAAAUCGACUUUUAACUUCUACCUAUUCGGAAAAUUCGUUUAUUCGCCUAAGUUGCGUCGUUCCCGUUGUUAUACUUGAAUAUUACGGGUCAGGAAAUUCGUAAACACGGCGAUAGGACAUCGGGUUUGUUUACAAGACGCUCAGUUCCCUUGUAUGGCUUCGGCACGCUCCACGUCUGCUCCGCGUUUCAUUCAAACUACUUUCAAGCUACGCAAAAUACUUUUCUUUGUCCUGGGACUGCUAAUUAGACUUUCACAAAUUAACCGUCGCGAUCAUUAUCACGUUUAAACAAUUAACGGACGGAGUACGAACGUUUAACGUGCAGUGGGUUUAUAAAUUUUUACAAUCAAGACCGUUCGACGACGCCACGACAAAAUUGGACAAUGCCAACCAAGCAGAAAGACUGUAAUUCAUCUUUAGGGUCGACGAUCGUCUCUCGGGCUCUGGGAAAUGGUGAGGAAAAAUUUAUUCCACUUUUUCUUUGCGACCUUAACUUUUCCACGACGAAUAAUCGCUACAGCUGCCGCUGCGUUCGUCUCGUGCAAUAAUCAAUUCCCGAUUUUAGUACAACAUUUUAGUAUGCAAGCUGGUGUUUUAGGAUUUUUUUUUUUCCGAUCUUCCAUAUACAUAUCUCGUCUCUGAUUUUUUUUCUUUCUCUUCUGGUUUCACGAAUCCACAGAAAGAUUAUCGAAGGCCGAGAAGUUUCUGAACGCUGCCUUUUUUGGCGCGUGGUUCUGGUCAUCAAGAUAUAUAAGCGGCGAAUAUAAUAUCCAUCGAACCGAUAAACUGAUUACCUCGUAUCGUUGAAAUUCGAUAGCUAUUUUUACCUCGGCAAAUUCGAUGAUGAUUUUACUUGAUUUCUUUUUUUUUUUUCUUUCGCUCCGCCUAUCUUCCCGCGUGGAAUGAGAUUAAUUUUCUCACUUUGGUUGAAGUGAGUUAAAAUUACGUCGUUAUGUAACAAUAUCAUUUAAUAUCAUCAUAGGUAUAUUAUAUAUAAAUCUGACGCAAAUUAUGAAUUUCCAUUAAAACUCGUGAAAUUAAUUACGUUUGUUACAACCAUGUAUGUAUAUGGUUUUCACCCGUGCUAUAUAAUUGCAUAAGCACCUGUGUUAUAUUUUAUGAUAUCCUUGAGAGGACAAAAUUUAAAUUUAUGUAACUUGAGGCUUGAUAAACUUUUUUUCACUCGUUCAAAAAACUAUAUACACGCGGUGGAUAAAUCACUAGAUAGUUAUAUAGCAAGCACGUCUACAUAUUUAACGUCUUAUUCGAAUUUGCAAGUUUAUUACCAAAAUUCGUCCCGCAAAAUACGUGAUCAUGGGUUUUACUAUGGAAAAUUUUUUAUACGUUCCCGUAUAAAAUUGCGCCUAUACCUAUUACCUGAAGAAGAAUGAAAAAGGAAAGAUAUAAAGUAAACUUGCCGUAUGUAUUUUCUGGCAGCGUAAUAAAAUGUCUCGACGUGAUCACAAUUUUAUACGUAUCUGCUACCUUUUAUUUUUUCAAAAUUGUCGAAGGCAUUUUAACAUAAUUGGCCUGUUCCCUCGACAUUUAUUCGCGAAUAUCGAGAGGGAAAGGUAGUUUACCAAUCGCCGUUCCUUCGAGGUAUAAUCGAGAAAAUUUCAGGGAGGGUGUAACAAAAAGGACAUAAAAAAGGAUAGGAGGCAGAAUGGGAGAAAAUAAAGGAAACAAAAUAUAUACGCCUUUUAUAAAACACUUUUCAACUCGUUUAACUUAAGAAGGUAAAAAGAAAACGAAACCCUCGAUCUUCUUAAAUUUGUCAGUUCUUCCCAUAUAAUGGAACCGUGUCUUUUAUGCGUCUUAUGUAUCGUGGAAUUUUUGCGGUCAUUUAUUUUUGCUUUUUAUUUCACGUAGGUGUCUAGAUACGCAUAUUGCCCGCAGACUAAAUUCAUAACGAGUAUAUGGUAAAAAAAAAAGUAAAAGUGGAAUAAGUUGAAUAGGAGAAUAGAGAAAAAAAGUUGGAGAAGAAGAUUCGAUUCGUCUGUAAUCGUCGGGCGUGGGAAUAAUAUUUGUUGUCGUUGUGUGAUAAAUGACUUUUAGCCGCUCUUUUAGAUCAAAUAAACUGAUUUAAUUGCAAGUGCUACUGGCAGCUAUUAUCGUAAAAAUAGAUGUCUGAGGCUGUUUACCGUUUAUAGUAGACAGAAGCCUGGAUUUCGCAGUUAAUCAGACACUGAAUGGCUUCUGGGGUUGGGUAUAAAAUAUGUUAUGGAGAAAAAACACGAGAUUUUUAUCACCCUAAAACCAUGAUUUAAGGAUCACGGUCCUUUCUCUAUAUCAAUCUGACUACUUGCUCUUUAGGGAACAAAACAAAAUUUUCUGGUUGAACGGCCGUCGUUUUUUUAUAAAAUAUACAUGUACCAUUGUGCAAGAAAUAAGGAGGGAAGCGAGAUUUUAUUUUCUAGGGAUUUUCCGUUCAGAUUUCCUUUGCGUAAUCGACGCUUCGGAGAAUAGAUCGGAGAAUAUAUUUCCCACACUUUAAACCGCGAGGAAAUGAAAUACCGAAUUCCAAAUUUCCGUCUAGUUCACGUUCAAAUCCUUCCCUUCGUUACACUUCCGGAAUACGAAAUCCAAACCCGAGGGUAGUUUUGUAUACCAACAUUUCCCAAAAAAGGAUGAUUCCGUCCCACGUAUGCGGGAUAACUGGAAUAAAGGAAAACCCGGAAAUACGAAAGUCAAGCUUAACCAAGAUAUAUACGAUAUAUUGCGUCCGAGGGUGAAACUUUUUACCAUACACUUUCAUUUGUAGAUAAUCGAUCGCAGGAAGAAGCUAAUCGAAAAGUUUUGCAGUUUAUUAGCAAAAACAGUUCACCCUUUGGCUGACCUUUCUAUUCCAUUGUCAUCACUUUUUUGAUUUUUUCAAAAGAAAAUCCCUGGUUCCGCCCCGUUUCCGUUUUUCACGUAAAAAUGUCUCCUAUUCCACUUUAUUCCUUUAGUUUUUCAAAAUUCUAUCCUGGUCGAACAGCGCGAGACUAAGGCUACGGACCAUGAAAACAGAGCGGUGCUAGAAUGGCGUAGAGAAAUGUUCGUGCCUCCGUUUUAUUGACUCGAUUUUCAGGGCGCAUGAUUGUGUCAAUUGUACGAGGUGAAAUUUCUAUUUUAUUUUUCAACUUGUAUCGACGUACGCUAGCGAAUUUGCAAAUCAAAUUUCGUUGUUUGAUUCAACCCAUUUUCUCCACUCUUUUUUCCGUUGAAAAGACAGGGGAAAAUAUGCCCAUCAUUCGCGAUACAAACACUUUUUACGACCUUUAAACGCUGCGCGAGCAGAUAGUUCACACGCGAUAUAAAGCUCCCAACUUAUUCAAUCAUCGUAUGAAUGGAUAAAAAAAAAAAAAAACGAGGUAGAACA